CAUUUACGACCAUACCCUUGCGAUAUAUACGCAAACGCGAACGGUUUUGUAGAAUUUAUUUUUAAUGAUGUUUCAUUGCUCUCGUUCCACUUUUCGCUAUAUAAAUAAUAAUUUCUAAUAUUUUUAUUUCUUUUAACUUGUAUUAUGCUAGAGUCAUGGCCUUUAUUGUGAAGUGAAACAAAGCUUGUGAAUGUUUUAUUGAAAGUUAACGUUUUGUUAUGAUGUCACAGUUAUUAAAUCCUUGAAAAACAUGAGUGCAUUAGCCGACGAUGCCUGUCCUUUACCUGAAGGGCAAAAUAGUGUAGAUGAUAAUAAGACGGUGCCCGUAAAUAAUAGUAAAGAUGUUGGGAAAGGUCAGGCUUCGGAGCCAACGACACCAAAGUGCCACACAAUGGCUUUUACAGUCGAUUUUGGUGAAACAAAACAGUUCGACAAUAGAAGACUUGAGGAGCUGGCGAAAAAGUCGCAGGCUAGACAUCAAAGGGUUCAAUCAAUGUCAGGUAGUGUUCCAAAGUCGAGUCCAGUUUCACAAAGGCUGUCAAUGAGUGCGAAGCUUCCGCGAAAAGCUCAAGGAUAUAAUUCUGAAGGUUAUUUCUCAUCAGACCAAGAAGAUAGUGGGCUUUCUAAUUCUUUAAAGCAUAGAAGUAGUCCACUCGCGCAAACCUUCGAAAAGACAAAUAUUAUGAGUCCCAUAAUCACACGUCAUAAUAAAUCACCUCCUGUUGAUAUAUUCCAGCCAAAACAUGUGUCCAAGAGUCCUAUAGUAGAUAGUAUUAUGUCACGAAGUGAUAACUUUACUAGACAAUCCCUCAAUCUGCCACUUAAACCGAACAGUUCCUAUAUAAGAGACGUCCAAAAAAGUCCCAGCUUUGGUAAUCUAUCAGCAUAUCACAGGCUUCCCAUGGCAGAUAUCAUUGACCAGAGUCCUGAAGGUAUAAUGUUAACAGACAUUUCUAGUCCAGAAUUAGACAUAUUGACUCCAGACAAUGGUUUGUCAACACCAGAGUAUUCAAAAAGUCCUGUAUAUAAGGGAAGGACAACAUCAGUAACACCUGAUUUGUUCAAGAAAUGCCCUCCAAAACAGGGUCCUCUGUAUAUUGAUGAUGAUGUUGACAGAGAGUCUAAUAAUUCUUCUACGGGUACAUACACCAUUGAAGGCGAUAAUUAUACAGAAGAACAAAAAGCUAGGAUGAGCAUAGAUAGAACUUUGGGGAGGCAAGUUGUGGGUUGCACCAUAAAUAAAAAACCAAUAAUUUUUGACAGUGAUCCAGAGCUAAUAUUUGACUUAUCAAAUAGCUGUGUUGCUGCUAAGGAACUAUGUGCACAAAACAAUUUAGCAGUAAAAACUGUAGAGGCAUUUAAAGCAUCCAAAGACAAAAAUGUUUUAGAAAUAUCUUGUUGCUACGAAUCACCUGUUGAAAAUGAUUUAGCAACACAAACAUCAAAGCAGAUUAAAUCCACAAGAAGUUAUUUAGAGAAAAUCAAAAAUAGGGUGAAGACAAUCACUGAAAAAACCUUUUCAAAGUCACCCCCUAGGCAUGAUGAUAAUGCUGACAUGGGUACAUUUACAUGUGUUACUACAUCAGGUGUGUUAAGUUCAAAGCCAUGUCAGAAAAUACCAGUACCAAGAUUCAGACGUUGUAGUCUAACCAAGUCGGAUAUUGAUCAAACAGACUAUGUACACAGACUUUCAAGAGAAUCAUCAGUACCUGUUACUCUACCUAGUAGUAAAAACCUACUUGAAACUUCCAAAUUUGAAAGCACGGCCUUAAAGAAUGCUCAGAAAAUGUUGCAAGAUCCUGACCUGACUCCGGAGAAAGUUGUUAGUAAACUUUCAUAUUUAAGCCUCAAUCGGUGCAAGAAUGAUAAGACUUGGAUACAAGAUUGGGCGGAUAGUGUAAAGAACUAUAAUAAUAAUUCAUUUAGGACUGAAAUGGACAUAAAUACUACAUUUUCUGUUGAGGACCGUCCACCUAUGAGUCCCAGAUUGCUACCUACAAAACCUCGAAGCCCGCAUGGCGAUACGCCGACUAAGAUACCCAGCCCUGUUGGGACGUUACUACACCGCAGGACACCGGAUCUCAUACCGCCUCAAGACACUGAAUCCUACUUAUUGAAAACCCAAAACGCUAUCACGAAUCUGCAAGCGAAACUUCAUUCAUCACGGAACAACAUAUCAAUUCCAUCACAACUUACCUCCAGUCUCCUGAGCGAGAAGACCCUCGUGUCCCGCUUGCCAAUCUCCCAACUCAGCAGAUCCAACUCCCUGAACUACAGGCUCCGGAAAAAAGACACUUCUGCCGACAGCAGUCCUCUACGAAGCCCAGGGCAUUACGUCAUCACUGGCUCCACAAAAUACUCGGAGGCUUCUAAAAACCUUCAAAACACAGUUUCCAGAUCUCUCGAGACGCAAAGACGUAAAGAUUCCAACAUGAAUAGCCCUGUUUCAGAUAGGGGCUUAUUGAGCAACAGUUCGGAUGACAAAACACUUUCCAAUAGGACAAAUGAGCCUAUUUUACUGCGGAAAACUCACACGCGAAACCGUUCCUUCGAUAACCGAAUCCAAAAUGAAAUAUUUAAUGAUAUUAGCAACGCGAACCAAACAGUAUGUCUCAAAACUGUUCUCAAGAACUCCUUGGAUACCACUUACAGAAUCGACCAAAUGCGUAACCACGGGGAUAGGAGAACUCUAAACAAAUCCAAACCUGCUUAUAACAGCAACAACGCUGCUUUUGGCGUGUCCAUCAAAAGGUCUAGUUCUUUCAAUACUGUUAAUAAGAACAAUAAUUUGGACCCUAGAUUGCUGUCAAGAAGAUCUAGUGGUCUAUCGGAGUACAAUUCAGAUGAAUCCGAUACGGUGUCUUUGGAGAAAUCUCAAGAGUUAAGACAAAAGAAGUUACACAGAGGCAGAAUAGACUCUCCGGACUUGAAAUCUGUUGUUCCAGUCAAUUCUCCGAGAUGUCCGAACACGCCGGAGAUGCAGAGGAAAUUCGGGCCGGGAUUGGUUAGAAGCUCAGUCAGGGCGGCCAAUAAGGAUCGAGUAUUGAACACAAGAAUGUCCGAACCGCCGGUAGGGAAAGAAGAAAGGUUGAAGCCAACCAAUCAUCAGAGUAGAAGAGUAGCGGAGCCGACAAGGCAAGCUGUGGUUAAUAGACUGAGCAGAACUCGGUCCUCGACGCGGGAACCUCAGAAGCAAGAGAAAGUUUCAGCCCAGAAGAAGCCGAACCAACAUCGGUCUUCAUCGGCGCUAGCGACGAAAGAGAUAGAAUUCUCGAAUUGGAAGAAGAGGGCAAAAUAUGACCCGAUGAAGGCGGCACAAGAAGGCAGAAAGAAGCAGCAGAUAGCGAAACGUCAGGAGGUUAAUAAGGAUGACCUUAGUUCUCCCAGUCACUCAUCGCCGGUACAUCGGUCUCAGUCAUUCCACACAACCAACAUCGCUGAUCUGACCCUGGACUACUCCUCCGAAGGCACAGAAGAUGACCAGCCGACGCUGCCCAUAGACCCCAUGAUAACUUCUACUCAUUCGGACAUCUUGGACGUGAAGAAACGGCAGGGUCUGAAGAAUGACGUAGUUCUCACUAGAGAUUAUGUGACUAAUUUUAAGGUAAACAAACCCGAGAAGAAACGUCACCACAAGACCACAGACUACAAAGAGACCAUAGACAAGAGGAAAACAUUCAUACUGGACAGCGAUACAAACUCAACGACCAACGGGAGCAGUCCCAGAAAUAGUUCGAUAUUCAGCCACGAGAAAAACUCUUUACUCGGUACGAGUGAUACUGAAGGAGAGAGCGGGACGGAGAGCGCGCCUGUUAUGAGACAGAGCAGGACGCAAGUAAAUCCUAAACAAAGGUACAGCGGUGAAUUCUCAAUGUCAUCAUCGACUACGUCGGCUAGUAAGAAGAGCAUCCAGCCCCGAUACUUGGACAUAUCAAAGUACAAAACGGAGAGCUCGCCUAAGAACUUCCUGAGGCGUGACCCCAGCAAGACCUACGUAGGUGUGCUGCCAGAGAAGCCAGUCAGUAAAGGAAGUGCGCAGCAUUACGAAAUGGAACAAAAGAAACAAGAGUUAGAGAAGUGGAAACGGAGAGCGUCGUAUGAUCCGAGGAAAGCCGCGGCGCUGGGCAAGUCUGUCAAACCGGUGCCCAAGACUGCUAGAGCGUGACAGAUCUAAGUAAUUGGCAGCCAUCUUACAGUAACGUGUUACGAUCCCAGUCUUUCCACGGGCCUGUCCUAUCGCCUGGCACAAAGUACCUGCCAGCUUCGGAACUGAUACAUGAAACCUACGACGCGUCGAGCGACAACGACUUUUAGACGAACUUGAACCUUAUACCAUACGUGUACGGCUCGUUUUGCGAAAUCUGGUUGUUUGGAUUUAACAAAUAUUUUGUUUCGAUUUUUAAUGUUCCUUUUAAAUGACGUUCUAUACACAUAAGGACAUAUCAGUCGUAGUCCGAAACAAACCUGAAUUGAACAAAUGUUUUACAUUGCUUCUUAUUGACCAAGAAUAUUUUAAUCAACUUGAGUAAAUGCGGCAAUGUAUAGAUAUAUCAGUCAAAGCUUUUUACGGUAUAAUUUGUGGCAUGUUCCAUGUUUGUUAUUAUACGACGUGAUAUGUGUAUACGUAAAGAACGUUCCUUUUUUAAGAAUUUCAAUUAUAAUUUGUAAAUCAGUAGUUGUUUCCUUAUACAUUAUAUAUUCAAAUGAUUUGAUUUCGGUAAAUGCCUAUUGCGAAUUUCUUAUGUAUAAGAAGACGGAAGAGAGAUUAAAAAAAUAACGGAUACAUAGCUGAUACAGACAUAAGACUGUUAUAUCUAUGAUUACUAUAAGGCUUGUAGGAUUAUGGCUGCCAGUAUUAUAAGGAUUUGGUUUAUUCAGAAUAAUUUAAAAUUAAAAUUAAAAAUUAAAAAAAAAAUAGUACAAGUGUCUGUUACCAUAGAAUAAACAGGACUAUAUCGAUGUGUUGCUCGAACUAACCAGCUUCACAUUUCAAUAUAAGUGUACAAACAGUCACUGUAGCUUAAACGCGCAUUAAAAAUCACUAAGUUCCCAUUUUGUUACGACUAUUAGAGAGAUUUACUACUUCCAAUAACCAUUUUUAUAUUCCUAAACAUAUAGGAAAACUCAUUUUUUACGAUUGGCUGUGUGUAAAAUCUGAAAAAUAUAGCGUUCUUGGUUCUCUAUGCAUGUGUGUCUAUGGUGGACUGUUAAGUACUCUUAAAUGGCAGCCAUAAAUUGAUUUUAACGGUCACUCCUAACGGUUUCUUUUUUUUAAAUGUGAUAGUGUGUGAUUAUUCAUUAUGUCAUUGGUAUGUUGUAAUCGAAGUAGUGACUAAUAGUUAUUUAUACAACUGUUGUGUAAUAAGAGGUAUUAAAACACGAACUUGGAUUUAUCUCACGAGGCGAAGCCGAGUGUGAUAAUAGUAUCACAUGAGUGUUUUAAUAAAUAAUUAUCAACAGUUGCAUACAAGACUUUAUCUACACCCAUAAUAUGAAUCCUCGUAAAGAUUCUGAAACAUUUAGCUUACUGCUAACAAUUUUAAAUUAGGAGUGUUGUUAUGAAAUUCAGUUCAACAUUACAACACUCGUUUGGAUGAUGUAAUGGUUAUUAGAACAUUGGGUGUUUUAAUGUUGGCAAUAAGCUAACUGUUUCAGAAUCUUUAAUAGAGGAUUUAAAGCAUGGGUGUAGAUAAAAUAAUAUUUAGCUUUGUCGCAAGUUUUUAUUUUUUAUGUUAUUUUUCGCACAGAAACCACUAAAGCGCGUUAUUUAAAUUUUUUAUUAAAUUAAUUAUUAGUGUUAGAAAUUUGCUUUAAUAUGAAAUUUCCAACUACAAAAUUGUCGUUAAAAACAAAUAGUUAUUUAGCAGUGUUUGCUCAUAUAAAGUACAUCGAUGUUAUAGAAUAAUUAUGUUAUAAAGUGCAUGUCGCCGAGUAAAUAUAAUUUCGUUCUAUGACCUUGUACUACCAAAAACAUGUUUUUUUUUUAACUUUUCGGUGCCGAUGUGAUAAUAUAUAAA